CUUAUAAAAUUUAUAAUGUCCUUGCCCUUUGGUACAGUAGUUCUACAGAAAUCAUAAAAAUCUAAACAUACUUACUUAAAAAUUUUUUUAAAAAAGCUAGAAGUUACCUAAAUAUCCAACAAUAGGUAAAUAAUUAUAUAAAUUAUGGUGCAUCCAUACAAUGAGAUACUAUUUCGUGAAUUGCUGAAAAUAAUUAGGUAGAUCUAUACACUGUUGUGGACAUCUUUCAAAGACAAUUUGUUAAAAACAAAAAGUAGGUUACAAAAUGAAAUGUAUAUGUUUAAAAAAACUUACAUUAAAAACAGGCACACCAGAAAACAUUCAAGUAUUUCUCCGGAAGCCCUGAAAAUGAUCUGAGAGGUUUUAUUCCAAGUCAUUAGGAAUGGGUGGAUAGACGAGAAGAAUUUCACUUUUUAUUUUAUGUAGGUUUUUAUUCCUUGGCUUUUUGUAAUAAGCACAUAGAAACAUGAUGAUUAAGAGCAUAAACUCUGGAGCCUAGAAUCCCUGGGUGUAGCUCCCAGCUCCUCCUCUUAGUAGCUGAUGCCUUGAGCAAGUAAGUCCUUUAACCUAACUGUUACUCAGCUUCUUCAUCCAAAAUGCUUAGAAUAGUGACUGGCCCAUGAUAAGCACUAUAUUAGUGCUGGCCAUUAUUAUUGCUAAGAUUAAACAUUUUUUUAAUGUUAAAAAAGAGUUAAGGAAGGUGAACUGGAUGAUGUCUAGGAGUCCAACCAGCUCUUUCCAUGUUGAUUUUGAUAGUGGCCAUAACUGGAGGGAACAUUGGAGAGGAUGAGAUUCCCUCAUUUAGAAGAGUUCUAUAUUUGCUCUUGCCCUCCAAAAGUCAGGAGCCUUCACGUCAUACAUAGUCUCCCCUCCUCUGAACAAAUAGGCAGAAAGAUUCUGUGAAUGAGCUACCCAAAAUCUGCCUUUGGGGUAUCUGACAGCUUUGCUGAUAAAAUAGGUGAAAAUGGUGCUCACAUGCUUAGAGUUAGAGUGGGCUCACUGAAGGGUCCAGGGCUGGCUGGCCAGGAUUGUUAAGGAGGUGUUGUCUUGUACAUGUACUAAGCUGCUUCAGUCAUGUCUGACUCUUUUCAACCCUUUGGACCAUAGUCCGCCAGGCUCUUCUGUCCAUGGGAUUUUCCAAGCAAGAAUACUGGAGUGGUUGUUAUGCCCUCCUCCAGGGGAUCUUCCUGACCCAGGAAUCUAUUGGCAGGCGAGUUCUUUACCACUGGCACCACCUGGAAAGCCCAUUGUCUUGCUUAUGCUAUAUCCAAGGAAAUCCCCAACCCUGAACACUUAACCUACUAUCCUGUUGCAUGGGGUGUUGAGAGAAAACAGGACAAGAAAUGUGAAGCUCUGACACCAGCUUCCUCGCCUCCACGCUAGAAAGACUGCCCCGUGCAAGAAGGCAGAGACACCGAGCACUGGCUUCGCACCAAUUGGAUCUACCGGGGAGAGGAGGCCUCACGCGUCCACGUGGAGUUGCAGUUUACCGUGCGGGACUGCAAGAGUUUCCCCGGGGAAGCAGGGCCUCUGGGCUGCAAGGAGACCUUCAACCUCCUAUACAUGGAGAGUGACCAGGACGUGGGCAUUCAGCUCCGGCGGGCCAUGUUCCAGAAGGUAACCACAGUGGCCGCCGACCAGAGCUUCACCGUCCGAGACCUUGCAUCCAGAGCCGUGAAGCUGAAUGUGGAGCGCUGCUCCUUGGGCCGCCUGACCCGCCGAGGCCUCUACCUCGCAUUCCACAACCCUGGUGCCUGUGUGGCCCUGGUGUCCGUCCGGGUCUUCUACCAGCGCUGCCCUGAAACUGUGCACGGCUUGGCCCAAUUCCCCGACACUCUGCCCGGACCUGGGGGGUUGGCCGAAGUGGCAGGGACCUGUGUGCCCCAUGCGCACGUCAGCCCUGGCCCCUUGGGUGCACCCCGCAUGCACUGCAGCCCCGACGGCGAGUGGUUGGUACCGGUGGGGCGGUGCUACUGUGAGCCUGGGUAUGAGGAGGGCAGCAGCGAUGCUGAGGAAUGCCUCGCCUGCCCGAGCGGCUCCUACCGGAGUGACGUGGACGCGCCCCAGUGUCUCAAGUGCCCCCAACAUAGCACAGCCGAGGCUGAAGGGGCCACGGAGUGUGCCUGUGAGAGUGGGCACUACCGCGCUCCUGGGGAGGGCCCCCAUGCUGCGUGCACACGUCCCCCCUCAAUCCCCCGAAAUCUGAGCUUCUCCAUUUCAGGGACUCAGCUCUCCCUGCGCUGGGAACCCCCAGCAGACCUGGGGGAACGUGAAGAUGUCAGAUACAACGUGGAGUGUUCUCAGUGUCAGGGAGCAGCGCUGGACGGGGGGCCCUGCCAGCCCUGCGGGGCAGGUGUGCGCUUCUCUGCAGGCCCUAGCGGGCUCACCGCACCCUCGGUGCGUGUGGACGGCCUCGAAACCCACGCCAACUACACCUUCAACGUGGAAGCCCAGAAUGGAGUGUCGGGGUUGGGUGCCUCCAAGCCUGCCAGCGCCUCACUCAGCAUCAACAUGGGGUCUGCAGAGUCCCUGUCAGGCUUGUCCCUGAGACUGGUGAAGAAGGCACCACGGCAGCUGGAGCUGACCUGGGCGGGGUCCCGGCCCCGCAGCCCCGGGGGCAACCUCAGCUACGAGCUACACGUGCUGAACCAGGACGAAGAGCGGUACCAGAUGGUUCUAGAGCCCAGGGUCCUGCUGACGGAACUGCAGCCUGACACCACAUACAUCGUCAGAGUCCGCAUGGUGACCCCUCUGGGCCCCGGCCCCUUCUCCGCUGACCAUGAGUUUCGGACCAGCCCACCCGUUUCCAGGGUCCUGAGUGGAGGUGAGAUUGUGGCCAUCAUCUUCGGACUGCUUCUGGGCGUAGCUCUGCUGCUCGGGAUGCUGGUCUUCCGUUCCAGGAGAGCUCAGCGGCGACGGCACCAGAGGCAGCAGAGGCAGCGAGAUCGCGUCGCCGAUAGGGACCAAGAGGACAAGCUGUGGCUGAAGCCUUACGUCGACCUCCAGGCAUAUGAAGACCCUGCCCAGGGAGCCCUGGACUUCACCCAGGAGCUCGACCCGGCCUGGCUGGUCGUGGACACCGUCAUAGGCGAAGGAGAGUUCGGGGAAGUGUAUCGGGGGUCCCUGAGACUCCCCAGCCAAGAUUGCAAGAUUGUAGCUAUUAAGACCUUGAAAGACACAUCUCCCGAUGGCCAGUGGUGGAACUUCCUUCGAGAGGCGACUAUCAUGGGCCAGUUCAACCACCCGCACAUUCUGCACCUGGAAGGCGUGGUCACAAAGAGAAAACCCAUCAUGAUCAUCACGGAGUUUAUGGAGAAUGGAGCCUUGGAUGCCUUCCUAAGGGAGCGGGAGGACCAGCUAGUGCCUGGGCAGCUGGUGACCAUGCUGCAGGGCAUAGCGUCCGGCAUGAACUACCUCAGUGACCACAAUUACGUCCACCGGGACCUGGCCGCCAGGAACAUCUUGGUGAGUCAGAACCUGUGCUGCAAAGUGUCUGACUUUGGCCUGACCCGCCUCCUGGACAACUUUGAUGGUACCUAUGAAACCCAGGGAGGGAAGAUCCCCAUCCGUUGGACAGCCCCCGAAGCCAUCGCCCACCGGAUCUUCACCACGGCCAGCGAUGUGUGGAGCUUUGGGAUCGUGAUGUGGGAAGUGCUCAGCUUCGGGGACAAGCCCUAUGGGGAGAUGAGCAAUCAGGAGGUAAUGAAGAGCAUUGAGGACGGGUACCGGCUGCCCCCUCCUGUGGACUGCCCCGCCCCCCUCUAUGAACUCAUGAAGAACUGCUGGGCCUACGACCGUGCCCGCCGGCCCCCCUUCCACCGCCUGAAGGCACAGCUGGAGCAUCUGCAUGCCAACCCCCAUUCCCUGCGAACCAUUGCCAACUUUGAUCCCAGGGUAACCCUUCGCCUGCCCAGCUUGAGUGGCUCCGACGGGAUCCCCUACCGAAGCGUGGCUGAGUGGCUGGAGUCCAUCCGAAUGAAGCGCUACAUCCUGCACUUCCGCUCCGCUGGGCUGGACACCAUGGAGUGCGUGCUGGACCUGACGGCCGAGGACCUGGCGCAGAUGGGGAUCACGCUCCCGGGACACCAGAAGCGCAUUCUUUACAGUAUUCAGGGCUUCAAGGACUGAGCCUUCCCCUCCCCGACCCUGUCCUCAGGGAACAAGGAUGGGACCCGGGUCCCUCGACCUGCCAGACACAGGACGUCGGUGCUGCUCCUGCUUGCCCUUCCCGAGGAACUGCCUCUGAAGUUCUCUGAAGUCUCUUUGUUUUAAAAAGGGAGGUGGGGUAGAAGUUAAAAAGUGAAUUGUGGGAGUUGGGGGAGGGCUUAAUAUAUAUUAUAUACAUAUACAUAUAUAUUUUUGUAAAUAAACAGAAACUUCUCCCCAGGUUUUUGUUUUUUUUUUAAUCCUCUUCUCCAUCUCGGGCUUCCCAGGUGGCUCAGUGGUAAAGAAUCCACCUGCCAAUGCAGGA